AUGUGCGAUGGGUCUAUUUGGUGCUCUUACACCCAGAAAUUCUUUUUUAAGAUUUUAGUGAAGGAACAUUAUUAUCAGCCGAUUUCUUUUAGGGUAACACCAAAGUGCUAUUCCGUCCUAAAGCGACAACCUAUGCGUGCGUAUGACCAGUUGGAGUCGCUUUUCACGACGAUCUAUCGUCUUCAACACGUCCUUGGGCUUUGUCAUUGGGAUAUGAACACGUAUAUGGCCCCUAAAGCUCAGGAAGCCCGCGGGGAGGCCAUCUCGCUGCUGAACAAGAUCGAAUUUCAGUCCAUCACGGCGCCCGAGGUGAAAAAGUGGAUCGAUGAAGCCACCACAGGGCAGGACGAGCUGUCGCCUGUUCAGCGCAGCAACCUUCGCAAGAUGACGAUGCUGUGGAGCCGCAUGAACCUGCUGUCGGAGGGGUUUCUGCAUCGCAAGGCGAAGCUCACCACAAUGGCCCACGGGGUGUGGAAAAGAAGCCGGGCCGCGAACCGAUUCGCCGACUUCCUUCCCAUUUUGAGGGCGCUCGUUUCGAUUGCGCGGGAGGAAGGGGCGGCUUUGGCGGCAGGGUCCUCGCGGACGCCGUAUGAAGCCCUGAUGGAUGUCUACGAGCCCGGCCUGACCAUCCCCCGCAUGGACGCCUUGAUCGCGAACCUGAAGUCCUGGCUCCCUCGACUUCUGCGCGAUGUGGUGAAGAAACAAGCAGCCGAAACCCCCCCGAUCCUUCCGUUCGAAGGGCCCUUUCCCGAGGCCCGGCAAGCGGCCCUUGGGCGGGAUCUGAUGCGGGUGUGGAAGUUCGACUUCGAGGCGGGCCGUCUCGAUAGUAGUCCGCACCCUUUCACCGGCAUGACGAAGGAGGACUGCCGCCUGACGACGGCCUACGCCGCGGAGGACCCGCUGAAAAGUCUCUUCGCCGUCGUUCACGAGGUCGGGCACGGUAAAUACGAGCAGAACAUCGGGCCUCGCCGACAUCUCACGCAACCGAUCUGCACCGCCCCUUCCCUCGGGGCCCACGAGAGCCAGUCCUUGUUCGCCGAGUUCCAGCUCGCUCGGGACCCCGCGUUGUUGGAGGUGUUGCGGGGGAAACUCGAGGCCCACCUCGGGCCCCAGGCGGGGUUUAGUCCGGCGAAUUUCCGCCGCGCCGUCCACCGCGUUCGCCCGGGUUUCCUUCGGGUCGGCGCGGACGAGGUCUCCUACCCUCUUCACGUCAUCCUGCGCUACGAGAUCGAGCGGGAUUUGGUGGACGGCGGCCUCCCGCCUGAGGCCGUCCCCGCGGCGUGGGAGGCAAAAAUGAAAGAAUACUUCGGCCUCGAGACGGCCGGGCGGGACGACCGGGGCUGCCUGCAGGACAUCCACUGGUCGCUCGGGUCGAUCGGGUACUUUCCCACGUAUUUGAUCGGGGCGAUGUUCGCGGCCCAGCUCAUGGCGACGAUUCGCGAAGAGCUCGGGGAGGAAAAGCUGCGGAACGCCCUCCAGACAGGCGACCUCGAGUGCAUCUUGGCGAAGCAAAAGGAAAAGAUUUGGGACCACGGCAGCCUCUACACCACCGACGAGCUGAUCGAGCGGGCCACCGGCGAGGGCCUUAAUCCCGCGUACCUCCACCAACAUCUCGUCUCGCGCUACUUGGGCGAUGCGGGCUGA